AUGCACCGGGUCCUUCGGCUGACGGCAAGGAGCUGGGCGCACCAGCCCCCCGCCGCCGCGAGGCUAGCGGCCACUCGCUGGGCCGGCGCCAGGCACUUCGCGCGCCAUGCGACGCCCGUCAAGGACAGCGCUGGCGCCAACACGAACCUCUACGAGAAGGUCUUCCGCCCUUUGGGCGUGUCCACCUUCCAGUAUGAGAAGCUCGUGAGUCAUGCAAGCAAGUGCAAGGCCACGAAGGGCUCCAUCGUCGUCCGCGGUGGGGAGCCGCACCGGAGGUUCGUCUUGCUGACGCACGGGUCCGCCAUCGCGCACAAGCAUGAACAGGGGCAGACGGGCGACAGCUUGGGGCCGCCUAUCUGUCGCUACGUGGGGCGGCUGACCCGCGCCCAGGAGCCCGCAGACGACAUCCAGGUGCCCGUGCGGGGCUCCGUCAUCGGAGGCUCAGCCUUGGUCGACGACUCCGUGGCGGAGAGGUCCUACCCCUCCGACAUCGUGGCUGCUGAGCCGACAGAAUGGCUGGAGUGGGAUCUAGAGGAUCUUCAGAGCAUCAUCGACGCGCAAGGAUGGCGUGCUGUUCAGGCCAGCUUCUACCACCUCCUCUAUGUGGAGAUCCUGAGGACGCUGGAUCGCGAUCGCGCCUUCAGCAUCAAGGCCGAGAUGGCCUCGGAGAGAGCUCCGAGUGAGGGCAGCGAUCGGGCGGCGGGACCGACGACGAAACAGCUGACGCAGCUGCUCAUCUUCGUCGCGGUCCCCUUCUUUGGCUUCGGCUUGGCGGACAACGCGAUCAUGAUCAUCUGCGGUGACUUCAUCGACGCCCAGUUCGGCGUCCUGCUGGGCCUCACCACCAUGGCCUCGGCAGGUCUGGGCAACUGGCUGUCCGACACGAUCGGCUUAGGCUUGGGUGACGCCAUCGAGCGGUCUGCGCAGAAGAUGGGGCUGAGCAACGGUGGCCUCUCGCCCAUGCAGGAGCGCAUGAACAUCGCGAAGAUGACGACCCUCGCAGGGAAGCUGAUCGGCAUCACCCUCGGCUGCUUCGCAGGAAUGACGCCGCUUCUCUUCCUGACGCCGGCCAAGGUUGAGAUUGCCAAAGACGACGUGGAGGUCUACGAGGCCAUCUUCCUGCCGAGUGGCGUGUCCACCGCCGCGUUUGUGCAGCUGAUGCAGAAAAGCAGCCGGAAGCGCAAGGAAGCAGGCCAGCCCAUUGUCAAAGCCGGCACUCCCUUUGGCAAGGUGGCCCUGCUACUGCGGGGGGAGGCCGUGUCCUUGCAUGGCGGUCAGGCAGAGCAGAAUCCUGAGGGAGACACGCUGCCAGUCCGGCAGAAGGGUGAAGUGACCCAUCGCUACAUGGGGCGUCUCGAGGCUUCCGAGUCCAACUUCCCGGCCCUCAGCAAUGUCACCUGCAGGGGAUCCGUGGUGAACGGCACGGCCAUCGCCCAUCCGCCGCGGAUCCAGGAGCCGUAUCCGAAUGAUGUUGUCGCAAAGACGGCCGUCGAAUUCCUGGAAUGGGACUACACUGACCUCAUGGACGCGAUCAAGGAGGAUCCGGCCAUCCAAGCCAGCAUCGUCUCCAUCCUCUUCCACGAGAUGGUGGACUACGUGCGCCUGGAGAAUCCGACGCAGCGCUGUCGGCUGUACAAGCUGCUGCUGAUGGCCGUUGUGGCGGAUGGCAAGGUAGACUCGGCAGAGAGGCGGUUGCUGGGCAAGAUCAGGGAAGAUCACAAGAUCACGGAGGAAGAGCAUGAGACGAUCCUCCUGGAGAUUGGAUGGACCCAGGUCGGCUGGCAGCGCGGUUGGAUGAACCCUGAGAUGGCCUUCCAGGCAGCUGAGGAGAGCGGCUCGCCAGCUCUGGCGGCCCACAGCGGGCAACCUCUACAGGAGGCUUCGGAGGCACUCCAGAGGGCCCAGGCGCUUCUUGCCGCGGCGAUGGCAAGCCCAGGAAGCAGCGGCAGCAGCAUUCCUCCCGAAGCCGCGUGA